GUGCAAGUAGUCCCCAAGCCCUCCUGUUCUGUUCAGGAAACGGACGUCGGCACCUUGCCAGAUACGAGCCAAAUCUUUGAACCUGAGUGCAAAGUCUCGCAUCAUCCUGAGCCACCUCUUCGCGGCUUCGCCACAACAAAGACAGUUCACAUAUUCACACGCUUUUGAGCAACUCCUCCGGCGCGGACCAUUCUUAGCGUUCAGCCAUGCGCUUCGAAACCACAUUUGUGGCCGGUGUGGCAGCGCUGGCCGCAGCCACUCUCGCCUUCCCGGGUGACCUUUUAUCCAGCGGGUGCCGGCAUGACAGCGUGCACAUGGCCAAACGCCAACUGAACUCGAGCCCUGGCGAGGGUCAGAUUACUGGACCCAGUGGUGGUGCUUCCGCUGCCAACUACAAGUGCGAUCCUAACACUUGCAAACUCCCCAACUGCAACUGUGCUUCCACCAGACCGCCUGGCGGCCUUAAUCCUUCGGAAGUACCGCAGUUUAUCACCUUCACUGCAGAUGAUGCCGUGCAAUCGUACACGAUCUCUGCACUGCAGCAAUUCCUUGCUCAGCGCAAGAACCCGAACGGCUGUCCGGCGACAAUGACAUACUUUGUCUCGCUCAACUACACCAACUACUCGAUGGUCACCGACUGGUAUGUUGCUGGCAACGAAAUUGCGGACCAUACUAUCUACCACCCGGCGCAACCUGGUGCAGAUGAGAUUCGUGGAAACCUCAUUGCGCUGAAUGCGUUGUCCGGUAUCCCAUUCAAGGAGAUCAUCGGGUUCCGUGCGCCGUACCUCAACUACACCAGGGAGACGCUCGAGACACUUGCGCAGUACAAGUUUACGUACGACUCUUCUUCCUCGUCUGCUGUUCCUGUAACGGAUCCAAACACGGAUGCAUUCUGGCCGUACACUCUCGACAAUGGAAUGGCGAAUGACUGCACUGCGGUAGCAAACAUUUGCAAUGGCGAACCAAAAUUACCGGGCUUCUGGGAGAUCCCCAUGUACGGCAUCUUUGACCAGCGCGGCGCGGCUGGCGCCCACUUGAUGGACCCAUGGCUCGACACGACGAAUGCAGAUGACCUGCUUAGCUGGCUGCAGAACACAUUCCUGGCGCACUACAAUGGCAACCGACAGCCUUUCGGUCUGUACUCGCAUCCGAUCCAUCUAGCGACGAAUUACCCUGGCCUCUCUUCGCCAACUGCCAUGAUCAACGCUGUCAACAGGUUCCUUGACUGGGCUACGACGAACAGCUCGAUGCAGAAUGUGUGGAUCAUCAACAAUAGACAGCUCAUUUCUUGGAUGAAGAAUCCUGUUCCUGCCUCGCAGCUCAAUACUCUUGACGAGUUCAAGUGUCAGACACCUGUGGUCAACGCGAAGAUCUGCAACGGCAUGAUGCCGAAUGAGGCCGGUCUCUUGCAGCACUGCAUCAGCGACACACCCGGUGACGCUCUCAAUAACUCUCCAUUCUACACCUGCUAUGGUUGCCCGGUCACUACGCCUUCCCCACAGCAGCCGAACCCGCCGCAGAAGAACGCAGAUGGCAGCAACCGAACGCGCAUUGGUUCUAAUUGCGACACUCCCUGGUGGGACCCGAUCGCUGGCAAAUGCCUGUGCAGUGACAGCAGCUGCGCUUUCACCGACGGUACGCGCCCGAUUGGACCCAACGGCGCGAACCUGACCAGCUCUGCGACGACCAACAGCGAUGGCAGCGACAGCAACGGCGCGCCCGUUGAUCCGUACAAGAGCUUCAAUGCCGCUGUUGGCGGAUUCCUGCGCAGCCCCGAGGCAAUGGUGUGCGCCGCGCUCGCUGCUAUUACCGGUGGCGCUGUGGCUUUGCUCUGAGAGCAUCGCUCCUCGGGAGCCGUCCGAACAUAGCGCAUAGGGAGGCGAUGGGCGUUAAAAGCUGAGGAGUCGAGCACGCUUUCUUGAAGCACUCCUCUCAGAUGAGGCUCCCCUCCUACUGUUGGGCACCCCUUCCAUCGUACCGUUUGUGGCGGCCAGUAGCCUGGGAACUGCAUCCAUAGCUUAAGAGCCCCUUACGCUUCAGCCCCCUUUUGUAUUGCACUAUCGGCUUCUUGCGACUUCGCAUGGCAUGGACUUUUCACUUUCCACCCGCAAGACACCCCUCGAGCGCAGAGGAGUGCGUCAAUAAUGCGAUGUACAUAUGCUACAGAGAAGCAAGAUUGACAGGGUUGCUCUACGUAGACUACUAG